AUGUAUGUGAAUGGAUGCUAUACAACCAUCUUCAGCUUUGGUGACUCCCUGGCCGACACUGGAAACAUUAAACAAAUUGCCUCCAUAUCCCACACAGACGUUGAUGCUCUUCGGUGGCCUUACGGAAAAACCUUCUUUCAUCAACCCACGGGUCGUGCCUCCAAUGGUCGCCUCCUCAUCGAUUUCCUAGCUGAGAGUCUUGGGUUGCCAUUGAUACCACCGUUUCUGCAUGACAAGGAGGAUGACAAAGUGGUGGAAUUUGGACAAGGACUUAAUUACGCGGUGGUGGCUGCAACAGCUUUGGGUACAUCGUUUCAUGAAGCAAGAGGGACUGUUAAUGCUGCAGCAAAUGUUUCUUUAGGAGAUCAAUUGACAUGGUUUAAACAAUCACUGCCUUUUAUUUGCAGCAACGCGUCAGGUUCAGAUUGUAGAAACAUAAUUGGGCGUUCUUUGAUCCUAAUGGGAGAGAUUGGUGGAACCGAUUACAACAAUCCAAUUGUUGAUAAUAAACCAAUCGAUGAGCUCAAUUCAUACGUUCCACUUGUUAUUGAUACCAUCAUCUCAGCAAUUAAUGAACUAAUUAAUAUGGGGGCUCAAACACUGGUUGUUCCAGGAACUUUUCCAAUUGGGUGUUCUGGUAUGAUUCUAACAAGCCAUUUCUUUGAAAAAGAAGAAGAGUAUGAUAACAGAACCGGUUGCCUCAUCAAGUUCAAUACGCUUGCCGAAUACCACAAUGAACUGCUGCAAACAAAACUAAACCACCUCCGAGAGCUGCAUCCCAGUGUCAUCAUCAUCUAUGCUGACUACUACAAUGCUGCCAUGCAGAUUAUCCGUUCUCCAGAUAAAUUUGAGCAAGGUUCCAGAUUUAAAGGAUUAUGCAGGAAACAGGAAGAAAUAUCAGAGGGGGAGAGGGAGAAAAGACAAGAAAAAUCACUGAAGAAAAGAGGUGAUCAAAUGGAUGAAGUUUGGAUUGAUGACCGGGUUGAAAAGAUCUCGGUAAUGUUAAAGUUUAUUUUUGAUGUUAGUGAUUGUAUGAUUCUUGAUCCAGAUGAAAAGAUUCUGGGCAAGUUUUUCUGUGAUAUGAUGAUUGAUGAUGAAGAUUUAGUGGAUGAUUGUGUGAAUGUCUCUGAUGAAAAGAUUCUGGAUGAUGAGUUUUAUCCUACAGAUGGUUUUGAGGGUUUCCGAAUGAAACCAAAUGAACAUGAUGAUGAGUUUUAUCCUACUUUCUCUGGGUUUGCGGUUAGUUUUGUGAAGGAUAUCAAGUAUAUGCUUGAGGAAGAAAAGAUGAUUAUGGAACCUAUGGAAAACACAACAGUUUCUUUUCUUGAACUAGCAACAAAAGAUGAGAAGGAAGAUGGUCUUCUACUACGUAUGUUGACAGUGGAAAUUCAUACCACAAGACACAAGCAGAUGAUGACCGGCAACAAAAAACUAAGAAAGAUGAUGGGAGAAGUGAAAUUCCAGAAAUACCCUCUUGGUAAAAGUCUAAGAUUAAGGGGGAAUGUUGGAAAUGUAAUCUAG